AUGAUAAAAUAUAUGGUUCGGAACGGCUUCACAAGGCCUUAUCACCCUCUCCAAGUCCUCUCCUGAGCAAUAGUUCUUAUUUUAGCAGGGACAUUUUAUUCCUUGACUUUACCACCUCUUUACCUUGAUAUGCAAGUUUUGUCAGGAAUUUCAUAUUCAAUAAUUUCAAUAGUAAUGUGUAUUUUUGGAUUUAAAGUGACUUCAAUCGAUCCUACAGACCCAGCGGUUCUUGCUGCAUUUAAUUCACAAAUUUCAGGGUAUUCUUUAAACAGUAUUGAGCUUGAUUUAUCUGAGCUCACCAAGCUUUGCAAGAUUUGUAAAGUCCACGUCCACAGUGACUCAAAGCACUGCCGAGAAUGCAACCGGUGUGUCAAUAAUUUCGACCACCAUUGCAAAUGGCUGAACAAUUGUAUAGGGAAAAUGAAUUAUCGGCAGUUUAUAGGGACUAUUUUGAGCCUGCAAGGACUUAUGGCAGUUCAAAUUUUAAGCUCGAUUUAUUUAUUAAUUGCGAUCGACAACGGCUGAGAAGAAAAAGAAAAUGUCAAAGAAAUGCUGGGACAUGCUAAGAAAGGUAUAGAAGGGAUAUAUAUUUAUCAUAUAGUAGUCGUUAUUAUUAGUUCACUGGUAUUUAUAGUAGUUGGACACUUAUUUGGGUUCCAUGUUUGGCUUAUGAUCCACCAUAUGUCUACUUAUCAAUAUAUUUUGUCAAGGAGAGCAGAUAAAGCUAAAGUAAAAUUUAUAUAGAGAUCUAACAAGACUACUCCUGACGCCAAUCCUAAUGAAUCAAUACAAAGAUAUUAUGAGCCUUAUAUAGUAUCUAAAGAAGAGGACGAAGAAUUACCUUUCAGAAUGGACCGGAGGGUUCCUAAUUUUUCAAAAAUAGAAAACAGUCUCAAUAAAGAAAAUUCAAUUGACAACACAUUUUACCAUCUACAGAUUGCAGAAGAUUUGAAAAAAGAUAAGCUGGAAAUAAUCACAAAUAAAGAAAAUUCGCAAGACAGCACGUAUAAUAAUUCGCAGCUUGCGGAAGAAAAAGCUGAGCCUAAUGUAAAUUAA